AUGGCUUUCUUCAUGCAACUCGCCCUCCUCCAACACAUACUAGUAUUUCUCUUGAUGCUGCCAAGCCCGGCCGAAUCCAAACCGCUGCUGGCACAAGGGGGCGCUUUAGUUAGCAUAACCAACAACCACACCAAGAUUCUAACGGUUAGAUGUUUUGGCUUCUAUGACGAGAAUACCACCAGGACGAGGCGGAUGCAUUUGAAACCUAAUGAAGGUUACAGCUUUAACGUCACACCCCAUAGGUUUUUCCCUUCUUCAACCAUGUACAACUGCUCCACCAAUAUGGGGGUGUUCAUGGCAUACAGGUACCGCGACAAUUGCACCCUCAAACCCUUCAAGGUAUGUGAGUGGAAGUUUGAUGAAACUCAGACCUAUCGCAAAACGGACUCCGGCACGUGGGAAGCAAUAGACUAUAACCCCAACUAUGAGUCUCUCGGAAGGGGAGGCGUUGUAAAAGGAUACUUCACAAAUUAA